UGUGUGUGUAUCAGUGAAUCUUGACAGCAAAUUUUCACACGUUUUCUAGACGGAAGAAAAGAUUAUUGAAUAUAUUUUCGGUUUUAAAAGCAAAUAAGUUGUAAAUAAGCAAUCGGAAAGUGACCCAGUGAUUGUUAAUAAUUAAUAAUGCCCGAGGCAGGAAAGAAAAUCGCAGAGUUGCGCGUGUGCGACCUAAAAUGUGAAUUGGAAAAACGCAAAUUGGAGACGGUGGGACCAAAAGCGGUGCUCAUCGACCGUCUGGAAAAGUCCUUCAAGGAGGAGGGCUUAGACCCGGCAACCCACUUGAUUGUACCGGGUUUAAAGGGCAAGAAACCGAUCGCCAUGCCCAUGAAGGAGCCCCAGUCCGAGGUGCUCAUUAAAGAGGAGCCUCUCGACGUUGACGAGGAGGAGCAGCAGAAUGACUUUGAGAACGGCAACGACUUCUCACACCAUGCCGACGAUGAUGGGCAUGAGAUUGACCAAGUGGGCGACGUGGACGAUGAGUGUGUGAUUCUUGAUGACGACGAUGAAGAUGACGAGGAGGAUGAGUACGAUGAUGAGCAUCAGAAUGGCGAUGGCGAGGCCGAAGGAGACGCCCAGGAUGAGACGGAGAACAAUGGCGACGACGAAGCCAUUAAUGACAUCCAAGGGGAGGAGGAAAACACAGGGGACACCGGCAACAUGGACAACGACGAGUCCAUCAAUCUGACCAUCGGUGAGGACGAGCAGAAACUGCUGCACGAUGAGGCCCCUGACGACAAGUCUAUUAAAUCUGUGAAACCGGCCACCAAAUCCGAUAAGUCCAACUCAAAGGAUGCCGACAAGAAAAAUGACGAGGGCGCUCGCUCUAAGAAAAGGGAUGACAAAUCAUCUGACAAAAAGGACUCUAGCGAUCAAAAGUCGUCUGGAAAAUCAUCAAAUCAAAAGGAUGAUAAAGAGAAAUCGACAGCAGCAGCUGGUGCCGCAUCCUCCACUGCAUCGAGUGCCGGUGGCAGCAAGUCGGGAUCCGGUUCUACUACGGGCAAUGGUAGCGGUUCCAACUCGAACAACAAGCAGGCGACGCUGUCGCGUAAUCUCUGGGUCUCCGGGCUGUCCACGUUGACCCGUGCCAGCGACCUCAAGGCGAACUUCUCCAAGUUUGGCAAGGUGAUCGGCGCCAAGGUGGUCACCAACACACGUACCCCAGGCACCCGCUGCUACGGCUACGUGACCAUGUCCUCCUCGGCGGACGCUUCGCGGUGUAUCGAGCAUCUGCACCGCACCGAGUUGCAUGGACGCAUCAUUUCAGUGGAGCGCACCAAGAACGAGAUUGGCGGCAGCGUGAACAAGGAGGCCAAGGGCAAGACCCCAGGUGACGUUGGAAACAAGAAGAAAGAAGACGACGGCGGCAAGAAAUCCGGAAGCAGCAAGGGCUCCAACGCCAACGGAGGCGACGACAAGAAGGGCAGCGAUGGCAGCGGCGGGGACAACAAGUCGAUUGGCGGCGAUUCCAAGCGUGAUGGCAAGGAGGGCAACAGGGAGCGCAACCAGCGACGCAUCGACGACAGGGGCAAGUCGUCAGCCAGCCAGGAUAGGCCGCGACACGAUCGCGAGCGAUCGGGCACUGCUGGCAACAAGGGCAGUCAGGAUCAUCGUCAGGGGCGCAAUCCGCGCGACGUCGACCGCGAAAUCCAGCAGCGCCAGAGGGAGCGUGAGCGGCGCCAGCGGGAGAUGCUGUCCUACCAGAAGAUACGCGAGGAGCGCGAGCGCCAGCGCCUCAGGGAGCGGGAGCGCGAGCUGCGCGAGGAGGAGCGCCGCCGGCGGGAGUUCCGUGAGCGCCAGCGCAUUGAGGAGGAGCGCCUGCAAGAGGAACGGCGCAAGCUUGCCGUCGAGCGGGAACGGCUUGAACGCGAGAAGGCCGAGCUAUUGCGGAUGGAGCGCGAGCGCCAGAAGCUGGAGCGAGAGAAAAUCGAGCUGGAGCGCCUCGAGCUGAAGCGACAACAGAUGAAGAUCAUGGAGUCUCGCGACGAUCCUGGCAAGCGCGGGGUGAGCAAGCGCGCCGACGACCGCUACGGAGACGUCUCCGAUCGUAAGCGCACUGCUAUUUUUGAUGCCCCUCCUCCACCCAGAUUCGACACAAAUUUAGUCAGCUCCCGCAGCACUUAUGACAAGAAGCACGAUGACUACGGAUCCUCUUCGACCACCAAGCGUGUGCUGGAUGACUACUCCAGCUCCAACAAGCGCCUGGACUACGCCAACAAGCGCAAUGAUUAUACCGCCUCGUCCGGAUCCAAGCGUGGUGCCGUUGACGAAUAUGCCGCCGUACCCAGCAAGCGCUCGAAUGACUACAGCGGCUCCUCGUCCAGCAAACGCGACGACUACAAGCGCGAAGUGGAAGUGCGUCACUUGCCACUUUCGGGUACUGCCGGCGGCGGUUCGAGCAGCUCGUAUCUGCACAAGAACAACACAAGCGGUGGAGCCGGUUCCUAUGUGCACAAGAACAACACCAGCGGCAGCGGUGGACGUUACAACGAUUCGGAUCGCAGCAACACCUCGAACUAUAGACGCGAUGACUCCCACAGCCUGGGCAACAAGCGCUAUGACAAUUCCAGCGGCGGCGGCGGAGGCUACGGCAGCAGCUCGAACAGCGUUAACAUCUGGGCCCCGUCAUCCGGCGGCGGAAGCUCCCACCUGGGCAGCAGUGGCGGCGGUGGCAACCAGAUAAAGUCCUACAGCAACAACGGCAUAUCCUCGAAUAUGCAUAGCACCAACUCGUGGCAGAAGUCUACCACUGUCGACGACAACAGCUGGCGCCCGGUGCCUGGGCGCUUUGAUCGCAGCUACAACGAUCGUUCCACUGGCUAUCAAGGCCAAAGUGGAGCCGGCGGAGCUGGCGGCAUGUACGGAGCCAGCCGCCCCGCCCAGGAUCGCUAUAGCGGACCGGUGUCGCGCUAUUAGGAGCGUGCAUUUCACAAGAGGCAAUUGGAACUAGGUAUCAGAGCACGCAACAUACCUAUUUAAGACCCCACCCGAAUGACUUCUCCCACAGCGCCUAGAUGCGCUGCUUUUACUUUAGUUCGCCUUAGUUGUAUGUUUAGCUUCUAAAACUACAUUUGGAAACCAAUAAAUGUAUUACCAAAAUA